UUUUUUUUCCUUUCAGUUUGGAUCGGAUCUCUAGCGAUUGCAUUAACCUUUCUUCUUGGGCCAUUGGCAUCAGUUCUUUGCAAAGCUAUUACAUGUCGUUUCACCGCUAUUGCUGGAGGACUGACAUGCGCAGUGGGCUUGAUUCUGACGUCAUAUUCACGAAGCUUUGGGUUGAUGUUUUUCACCGUUAGCUUUCUUUAUGGUUUAGGUGCAUCCAUGAUAUUUACGGCUUCCUUUCUUAUCACGGCAAAGAACUUUCGCAGAUUUCAGUAUCUCGCUGUAGGGAUCGUUUCUCUUGGUGGUAGUGUCGGUGUGCUCAUUUUUGGCCCUCUCCUACAGUUCCUGAUAGAUAGAUUGGGCUGGAGAGGCACUUACAGAGUAACAAGUGUCUUGUUCGUCGUUGUGUGCAUCUGCGCAGUCUCGUUUGGUAAACCACGAUCGGAUUUUGAAGACGCAAAUGCUACGGCAAAUGAGAAUUGUACCGAUGAAUCUGAUAAGUUGACCAUUCCUGAAGAUCUAAUUACCACAAAAGACGUUAAACGCGCAGAAAGGAUAUAUUUGAAUCAAGUGCAAAAUAGAAAGGAAAGAAGCAAACUUAUUGACCUGUCAGUCUUCAAAGUACCUCGUUUUACUGUCGUAGUAACAAGUCUCACAUUAAUGUGCCUGGGACAUUACACGCCACAGUUGCUUUUGGUGAGUUUGUUUUUCGUAUUCCACGUGCACGCUAUGAGUGCACUACACACAGUUAUUUAACGCAGAAGCGAGAAAAAAUUGGUCCGUAUUAAUAUUGCCAGUGUACAGCGGUAAAAAAAACAAGGGAAAUUUCCCCGUUGACGCAACAGGCGAGGCGAGGUUACAAAAUAGGGAGCUUAAGCGGCGGCGACGACGACGACAAUGGCGAAAUUGUAUCUUUAAAAGUGAAUUGACGCUGUUUCAAAUUCCAUCGCUCUUAUUCCAUGCCGUUCAAUAGACCAUUUUACAGUUGUGAACUUAGUACCCUAACCUUCGAGUGAAUAUGAGGCUGAGGUUUACCUUGUUUUGACAAACCUUCUUUGCUUUGUUAUGGAAAUUGUCCUUGAAAAAUACUAGUUAGCAGAAGAAUAACUUGAUUUACUUAGUAAAGCAGUAUCAAAACAAAUCAAAACAAGGUCGACAACAGUCGACGAGUUUUAUCUGACAAUGACGUAAACAACAUGUAUAAGUCAAAACUUUUUUUCUUGUCUUUUACAGGUUAAAUACUGCCUCGAGGUGGGCAUUUCCGCUGACUCGGCAUCCACGCUUUUUAUCUUUAUCGGUUUAUCGUCAUCAUUUUCUCGUGUAGUCACUGGAAGAAUGUGUGACAUUUCUUGGAUAAACACUAUUUUUGUUUACCAGUUUGGUAAUCUACUUGUAGGCCUAAUUACCAUUUGUCUCCUACUGAUUAAAGACUACACAGGAAUGGUUGUAUUUGCAAUAGUAUAUGGAGUCGGUGACGGCAUUUUUAUCACAACAAUGAACUCCCUUCUCAUGUUUACAGUUGACGAGAAGCGCAGAGCAUCCGCCUUAGGACUUGGAAAUUUUUUAUUGUCUCUGGGCAUUGCCGGUGGACCUCCGUUGGCCGGUGAGAAUAUCUUUUUA